CACCUUUCUAGCAUUGCAACACGAAUCAGGGUUACCAGGAAGGGGUUUGUCGCGUUUGGGCUGUAAAUUUGUACCGGUGUUGGCAAUUCCUCCGGCAUUAAACUACCUCAGGUAGUAUUUUGGCUAUUGGAGUGCUUGCUCGUCGACGUACAUCUGCCUGUAAGGAUUACAAAUCGCGAAUUCAACCGGUCAAAAACCUGACUUCACGUAUUUUGGAAUAAAUCAACAUAUAUAACAAUAGUGUCGGGUAGCACAGUGUCCGAGGACCCAGCUAGCUUGCCGCCCAUGACUUCCGACCGGGGCAACGGCGGGGCUGAGCUGCAACUCAACCAACCGGUCACACCCAAGACACCAACUCUGAAUCCAAAUGCUAAGGUGUUCCCGGGCCCUAAGACGACAACGACACUCUCAACAACACAGAUACCAGAUAAUGAUGAUACAACGUGGCAGCAGCAAGAUCAAAGUGGUAGAAAUUCAGCUUCACCCUCGGCACAGGUAACGAUACAGGGUCCCUACCAACUCAAUGGUGAUGUUUGCAAAUAUACUCCAACAGGGACGGUCUUCCCAACUAGCUCAGAAUCACCAUUACCAAUUACACAUUUGACUCUUUCUAAUGGUUACUCAACAACAGAGAUGACGUACACCCCAAAUACAGAGGGACACCUAGUCUCGGAGGAUGAGAUGGCUGUAGAAGAAUCACAAUCAAAAGCAGAUUCACUUAGAGCUAUGCUCAAAUACCAAUUAGAGUACUAUUUUUCAAGAGAAAACUUAGCCAGCGAUACAUAUCUACGGUCACAAAUGGACGCUGACCAGUAUGUACCAAUAUGGACCAUAGCCAAUUUUAAUGCUGUUAAGAGACUAUCUAGUGACAUGAAACUAAUUGUGGAAGUUCUCAGAGAGUCGCCGUAUUUACAAGUAGAUGACAGAGCAGAGAAAGUUCGGCCAAUUACAAAGAGAUGUAUAGUUAUGUUGCGCGAAAUUCCUGACUCAACUCCUAUUGAGGAAGUUAAAGCAUUAUUCUCAGGUGAGAAAUGUCCCACGUUUACUGGAUGUGAAUUUGCUCACAAUACAAACUGGUAUAUUACAUUUGAAUCGGAAGCUGAUGCCCAGAAUGCAUACAAGUACCUCAGAGAAGAAGUACAGACUUUCAGAGGAAAACCAAUUAUGGCUAGAAUAAAGGCUAAACCUCUACAGAGUGUCUCGUCAAAACCACCCAAUGGUUUCAGGCAGCCAACAACACCAACACCCCCACCACCUACGACAAAUAUUUUUCCACAACAACACUUUCAGUAUAGUCCAGUUUCACCAAUGAUGAAUGGUGCUCCACAACAACCAUUUGCCUUCUAUCCAAACCCUAAUGUGAUGCCACAGCACCCACCACCACCUCAACAAUGGCCGACGAGUCCACCAUAUUAUGAAACCUCAUUGCCACCUUUCCCAGGCAGUGGUAUAUCAGGUCCUCAGAAUUAUAAACCUAGUAAUAUAGCAGGACGAUAUGGUUACCAAGGCAGCCGAAAUAGAAAUCCAAAUAAAAUGACGCAUCAGAGGACACCAAGUACUCCAGAGACAAGGAAUGUUGAACGCAAUAAUAACCAUGAAAUUAUUAGAUCUCCUCAUGAGAGAAGUAAUACUGCCAAUGGUACUCAGAGUUCAAGUCCACGUUCAAUACGAGAAGAUCGUAGAGACUUGGACAGAGAAAAUGGUGGUUACAGAACUAGAAGAGAUAAUACGUCACCAAAGUUAGGUCAACAAGAAAUGCAUCCUGGAUCUCUGCAAUCAAGGUAGGUGGUAAAAC